AUGUCUUCAACUCGCAAGAAUGUUAUUAUUUGGAUUCUUUCGAUCGCAUCUGGGCUUACUGUAUCACUCGGUCCUAUGGUUACUCCAGGAUUUGGCGAAGUCGCUGCAACAUAUCAUGUCAGCUUCAAUGCUGUGUCAAUAGCUUUGGUAGGGGUUUUAACUUUAGUUACGGGCACAUUCACAUUCUUCACUUCGGCUGCUGCGACAUUGUGGGGAAAACGACCUACGUUUAUCAUAUCCAUGGUUGUCCUGUUGAUGACUUCUGUCUGGGGAUUCUAUGUCACUAGCUUCGUUUCUUUAACGAUGAUGCGGGCAAUUCAAGGUGCAGCUAGUGCUCCAGUAGAAACGCUGGUUACCUCCACAGUGUCCGAUAUCUUUUUUGUUCAUCAACGAGGGCAAAAGCUGGCAAUAUGGGGACUCGCUAUUCUUACAGGUGCACUGUUAGGGCAAGUUAUUUCAGGGCGUACUCAUAUUUUGGAGAAAGAUUCCACAAUGGAGAUUGAAAUUCAGGAGAUGGAGCCCAAGAAAACAUUUGUUGAAACACUUUCUCUGUACAACGGUCGUGUCUCUGACGCAGGCUUUUGGAAAACCGCAAUCAAACCUAUUCCGCUUAUCGUCUUCCCCGCCGUUAUUGUCUGCACCUUUGUUUAUGCAUCAUUUCAAACAUGGCUAAUAUCCUUUUCUCUCCUAUCUGUCAAUAUUUUCUCGGCUCCGCCUUACAAUUUAUCUUCAUCGCAAAUUGGUCUUACAAAUCUUCCCCAAUUUUUCAUGGGGAUUGCCGCAACAAUGUUAGCCGGUUGGACCGCGGAUAAGAUUACUGCAUUCAUGUCUCGUCACAAUAAUGGUGUUUAUGAACCUGAGUUCCGCUUGACUCUGAUGAUACCAGCAGUCAUUCUUUCUACAAUAGGCUUUUUCGGUUUCGGUAUCUCUGUAGAACGAGGACUACCUAUCUAUUGGCCCGUAGCAUUCAUGACGAUUAAUUCUUUGGCUGUGCCCUUCGCGACUUCAGCAAGUUUCACAUAUGUCAUUGAUUGCCAUCCCAGAGAUGCAAAUCAAGCAUUUGUAACAAUCAAUUUCGUCAAGGCGAUUAUGGUGUUCGUCUCCAGCUCUUGUAUAAAUGAGUGGUUGGAGAUGGCUGGGGCGAAAUGCGUCUUUAUUACUAUCGGUUUAAUUAAUGCAGGUAUUUGUAUGCUGGCUUUGCCGAUUUAUGUUUACGGAAAGAGACUUCGAGGCUUGAUUGCUAGAUGUUCAAUGGCUAAGAAACUUUGA